AUAGAAGAGUGGGCGUGGUCUAUCGGUGGGGGUCGGGCAGCAGCGAACAUGGAGGUUUAGUCAUCGUCUAAUGGCGGCUGGAGAAGGAGAGCAUUACUGAGUCUGCUUUUAGUUUAUUCGUUUCUCAGUUACACUUUUUAUCCGCUUUGUUCGGCCUUUCAUCAUGGAGAUGAAGAAGAGAAUCAGCCUGGAACUCAGGAACAGGAGUCCAACGGAGGUGGCGGAGCUUGUGGUGGACAACUGUCGCUCUACUGAUGGAGAGGUGGAAGGUCUGACGGACGAGUACACAGAGCUGGAGAUCCUCAGCAUGGUCAACAUUGGCCUCAGCUCGCUGUCCAAGCUUCCCUCUCUUCCCAAACUUAGGAAGCUGGAGGUGAGCGAUAACUCCAUCUCCGGAGGGUUGGACACACUGGCGGUGAAAUGUCCCAACCUGACGUACCUGAACCUGAGUGGGAACCAGAUCAAGGAGCUGAGCAGCAUUGAGGCGCUGCAGAACCUGAAGAACCUGAAGAGUCUGGACCUGUACAGCUGCGACGUCACGGCUGCAGAUGACUACAGAGAGAGCGUCUUCGAGCUGCUGCCUCAGCUUGUCUAUCUGGAUGGAUUCGACCAGGAGGACAACGAGGUGCCGGACUCUGAGAACGAUGAGGACGAUGAAGCCGGACCACCUGGAGACGACGAUGAGGAGGAUGAUGAGGAGGAGGGUUCUGAGAGAGACGAGGUGGGCUUGUCGUACCUGAUGAAGGAGGGAAUCCAGGAUGAGGAAGAUGAUGGUGAUUAUGUGGAAGAGGAUGAAGAUGAUGAGGAGGAAGAGGAAGAUGGAGAGGAUGAUGAAGCUCCUGCUCAAGGCGAGAAGAGGAAGAGAGAUGCAGACGACGAAGGUGAUGAUGAUGAUGACGAAUAGAGGAAACACUUGGCACCGCCCUUACCUGCUGACCCCUCCCCCUGCUGGGCGUGGCCUCAGAGAUGCAGAACAGGAAGUCCUGAGAUUGGGUUUACAGCAGGGUUGAUGAUGUCUUUGUUACCAUGGUAACCUUACAAGAAGUUGUGAAAUUGACAUCCAGUCUGAAUCCACUGAUGAACAUCCAUCAGUUUUUUUGAUUAUGUAAAAAACUAAACAAAGAACAGAAACAUGCUGCAGCAGCUCACAUGAUCCGGGUCCCAUCACCAGCCACAUUUUGUUCUGACAGCUGAAUGCGGGUCAAAUCCAGUUGUGUCUUUAGAUUUUUAUCAGAACACAUAUCCAGUUCUGCCAAUUGAGGAAAUCCUGGUUCUGACCCAGAACUGGAUCCAGACCUAGUAAAGUGUAAUCAGGGUCUGCAGCAUGUUUCUGUGAUAGCUCAAAGCUGAUUGGUUCUCUCAGACUGACUUCAUCCUUCCACAAACUUUCCUGUUCUACCAGUUGAACCAGCUCAGCCUUUCUAAGACUACACUACCCAUGAUCCUCAGACCUGACUGGUAUCCAGCUCCAAGUCUCUGCUCUCUGAUUGGACGCCUCUCUGGGACUUUGUAUUGGACUGUUACUGAUUAGCUCUGCCCCCUGUUCCCCCUGCUGUCUGGUCCGUGUAAAUAGACGUGAAGCGGUCCCUGUAGGUUCUGUGGUGUCGUCUCUUUCAGUUUGGAGCGGGCUCUCAGCUUCUCCAACGUAAUUUUAUUUUUUUAUUCCUGUCUGCUGAUGGUGUCGCUGUAACCGGAGUGUUUUUGAAUAAAACCACUGAAACCAAAA